AUGUACUCCUUCCUCUCCUCUUCGGCUUCGCGGACGGAGCCGCUCGACUGGGUGACGCUCCUCACGAACGCACUGGCGGUGGCGAGGGAGGCACCGUCGGAGCAAGUUCUCAACACCCUCGCGAUGAUGCAGUCGUACGCGUCCGCUUCACAGGACGUUUUCACCAACAUCUCCCGCGGUGUGCGAGAUGUGAAGGAGUAUGUGGCGCUGCUGUGCGCCAUGGACGAGACGAUCGGCACGUGGCCCUUGCGUGUUCGGCAGCUGCUCGACGUACCACCAGUCGUCCUGGUGCCGGCUGGCGGCCUCGGUGGAAGCCUUGUCACUGCCGCAGUGCACACACCGCGCGGCGAGGCACUGGUGUUUUUGUUCAACGUCUCCCUCUACCACAUGGACGCAGGACUGCGCUACCUGGCCCGCGUGCGGGCGGAUGCCUCGGUGAUGAUCUCGUCCAACGCCUCGCGGAGACUGGGCGGCGGCGGCUCCGUCGCGGCACCAAACCAAAACGCCAAGCUGGCCGCCCAGCACUUCCGCCUUGCGGUCGACGUGCUGCACUGGGCAGAAGCCCUUCACGCAAACCCGAGCUCCCCCUCCGCACUCGCACUACGUCAGCUGCGCAGCCACGUACCACUGGACAUGACAAGAGACAUGGGCAUGUUGUGCUCGGCAGUGGCCAAGUAUAUGUACGCCCUCUCCUCUGCAUCCACCAAGGACAAGCCGGACGUGUUGGCGAAGUUGGCCUUCGAUGCGGCGCAGCUGCAACUGCCUGGGAGCGUCUCCACCAACAGCUCGCUACACCUCUUGCCCUCUCUCCUGCUCGCCACGUACCACUACCACAAAGCCACGUGGUACUACUCCGCCAGUAGGGUGCCAAGCAUGUCUGAGGCUCUCGGCCACAUGCAGUACGCUGACACCCUCCUACGCAGCUGCAAUGCACAGUGGGGGAUGGAGGAGGCGCACAUGCAGGCGGAGCACGAGUCUCGACAGUGGUGGGGAAGGCGACUGGCAACCUUCUUUACCGGUGCUCGCCGGGCGAACGCAUCGGCAGCGGGGCGGCCGCGCAACAACCUACUUGGCGACAGCAGCAGGACAAGCAGAGUGGCGGGCGCUGCCACCUCGGAUGAGGCCGAUGACAGUGACGACACUGUCGCUGCGGCGCUCCAGCCGGCCACGGAGUACCCCCGUCUUCAUGAGCUCCUCCUCCGCGGUGAGGGCAGGUCGACAUCAAAGGUCAAGAAGUCGCUUGCGGAUGACGGCAACGACAGCGCCCCAGCCGAGGCCACGGCUGCGGAUGUGGUGCAGGUCUACCCGUACCUCCACCUGCUCCUGCAGGACGUAUGUUACUACUUGCAGCGGUACCAACGAGAGAACGAGCUCGUGUACUUUGCGAAGGCAACAGGCGCUGACGCCGUUCGCCGUGACGUGCCGGACGUGGCAAUCGCUAUCGGUGGUGGUGACGCGGUGGAGGAGGGCACCCUCUUUGAGCCCCGCGCAAGCCUCUUCGCUUCGUUGCCCUCCGCAGGGACACUUCAGCUGGCUUUAGCGCAGGAAGAGGAGUCUGGGCAGGCGCAACAGGCACUCGCAAGGCUGCUCCAGCGUGUCGAGCGAGACCAGCGGCAGCUCUCGAUCUUCAUCGCACCACCGAACUCCCUUCUGCAGGCCCUGGACGCGGUCGAGACUAUCCUGCCGCCGGCGGCCCAAUGGGGUGCUUUAGAUGCCGUCGUGAAUGCAGCAGCCGAAGCGGUCGAGGCUGCCGCUCAGGACUUCUUUGACGCGGCCUCUGCCUGGCAGGAGGACCACGAUGCCUACGUUGGCUCCCGCUGCGCGGCGCAUUCUUUACAUGAGGAUACUCGUACCCAGCUGGCGGUGUGGAGCGAACGAGCGGCUGUAGCGCUGCAGCGGUGGAAGGCGCUUGGGCUACCCGCCGAAAUUGACUCCCGCAGCUCCCUCCUCGAUGCUCUUGUACCAAUCAGCAGCGAGCUGCACGCGUACCUGGCGCAGAGCGAGUACGUGUGCAGGGAUGCACGAGACGUGCUGAUGUGCAGCGCCGGCAGUGUCACUCUCGCACAGGUGCAGGCGUGCACCGCAGCGAUGGACGCAGUGAAGCAGCUCGGCACAGAGCUUUUGACAAGUGUGGCAGCGGUGGCUCCCCGCCGCUCAACACAGCGAGCACCACGGUGCGGAGCCAGUGGUGGCACGCGUACGUUGAGCUCGGACUCCAACAAUGCACCCGUUGGCGUUGAAGACGAAUGCGUGCCUGCCCCGCAGUAUGCCGAAGCGGAGGCAGCCAUUGAAGCGGUGGUGCAGGUGCUAGAAGAGGCCCCUAUAGUGGUCGCCCACGUGGAGAGCGCCGCUGCAGAGCUGCGUGACAUGCAGAAGAAGACUGUCGUGGCGCCACUGGACCAGUUGCGCGACGUCCGCUUGCCCCCCAGUCCCACCAGGAGGCCCAUCAAGGAGGAGGCAGGCGGGGAAAGAGAAGGGGGAGACGCUGUAAGGACGAGAGCCAAGGGUGCAGGGAGCGUCAUCAAGGCUGCAGACCCCACCGGCCGCGUCGCCAACGCCACCUCUCGGGACAGCGCUGCUGCGUCCUCUCGCAAGCGCACCCACACACCCUCACCAGAGAGGCAGCCUCUCUUGCCUAAGCCAGCUGACGAUGACACCUCCGACUCCGUCAGCUCCUCGCAGCUAGCAGACGCAAAAGAGGUGGCUGUCGUGGAGGGAGAGGGCGCCACCAGAGCAACAGUGAGCGGCAGCCUGCUCAGUCGCCUCAAGGCGAACAAGGCACGGUGCCCGCAGGGGUCCCGCAGCACAUCCGCCACUGCCUCAUCGCCAUCCACCCCCCUGCGCACCGCGCCAUCCGCGACGGCUGCGGCUUCUGCAAAGAGGAAGCCCACAGCGAAGGCGUCGCCGUCGAAGCGCACCAAGCGAUGA